CUGCAUAUGGCUUGAAUGACUGUAUUUUCCCGUCAGUAAUAAUCUGAGAUAUGUUAGUCAGUGGUUGCAUUGGUUUGAGUAAACAGACUCGGACCCACUGAAAAUCAGCACCUGCUCCAUCACUCUUUUCUAGUCCUUUGAAUAUCUCUGUUUGUUUACAUUGCUCAUUUGCAUAGACUGGGCUGAAGCUGUAUCCUGAUUGGCUGCUGAGCGGAGCUUUGAGUGACAGCAGGCAAAUACAAUCAAAUGAAGCAUCUGUUCAAUCGCAGCAAAGAUAUGGACAAAAAAGGGCAUAUUUUAGUUUCUUCUCUGCUAUAGGACCAGAGAACCCCGGACCUGUGCACUCUAUCUGGACUAAACACACCCGUUUUAAUCUAUCUGAGGAGAGCCUUCUUCAAACAUCACCGUUUGGACUUCAAGUGUUGAAAGAUGCAGCAAACGUUCCGAGCCGUCACACACUCCCCAGGAACACUCAUCUGGAGGAUCGAGAAAAUGGAUCUUGUUUUGGUCCCGGAAAAGUUCCACGGCCAGUUCUAUGACGGAGACUGUUAUCUGCUGCUCUCGACCCGUAAAACUGGCGGAUCCGUGUUCUACGACAUCCACUUCUGGCUGGGCUCGAUGUGUUCGGUGGACGAACAGGGAUCCGCCGCGGUCUACGCCGUUCAGCUCGACGAGUUCCUCGGCUCUUCUCCGGUCCAACACCGGGAGGUUCAGGCCCACGAGUCCAGCAUCUUCUGCGGAUACUUCAAACAGGGCAUCAUUUAUAAGUCAGGAGGAGUGUCAUCAGGAAUGAGCCAUGUGGAGACGAACACGUACGACAUUCAGAGGCUUCUGCACGUGAAGGGGAGGAGAAAGGUGACCGGCACUGAGGUGGAAAUGAGCUGGAAGAGCUUUGACACUGGGAGCGUGUUUCUGUUGGAUCUGGGAAAGACCAUUAUCCAGUGGAACGGCCCGGAGAGCAACACACAAGAGCGUCUGAAGGGCAUGAUGUUGGCGAAGGACAUCCGGGACCGUGAGCGGGGCGGUCGGGCAGAGAUCGGCGUGAUCGAAGGAGACGCCGAGGCCAGAUCUGCUCUGCUGAUGGAGGUUAUGGUGGACAUCAUGGGUGAAAGGCCCUCAGAGCUGCCCCGCGGGACGCCCGACGAGAUCUCGGACCGGGAGCAGAUGAACAAGCUCACGCUCUAUCAUGUGUCCGAUGCGAACGGAUCGAUGAAGAUCACUGAGAUCGCAACCAGUCCACUCACACAAGACUUGCUGAAUCACGAUGACUGUUAUAUUUUGGAUCAGGGGGGAAUGUCAAUAUUUGUGUGGAAGGGAAAGAGGGCCAACAAGGCGGAGAGACAAGCAGCAAUGACUCGAGCUCUGGAGUUCAUUAAACUGAAGGGAUAUCCUCUCAGCACUAAAGUGGAGUCUCUCAGUGACGGAGGGGAGUCGGCUCUGUUUAAACAGCUCUUCACGAGCUGGAGGGUCCGAGAGCAGACGACGGGUCUGGGCCGAACACACACCGUGGGGAGAAUCGCUGAUGUCCCUCAAGAGAAGUUUGAUGCCAGUCGGAUGCAUGUGAUGCCCGAUGUUGCAGCGCAAGAGCGUAUGGUGGAUGAUGGCAGCGGACAGAAGCAGGUGUGGCGCAUUGAGGAUUUGGAGAUGGUGGAGGUGGAUCCUGAAAUGCAUGGAUACUUCUAUGGAGGAGAUUGCUAUCUGAUUCUGUACAGCUAUGAUGUUAAUGGCAGGAGAAGCCACAUCCUUUACAUGUGGAAGGGCCGGCAUGCGUCCCAGGAUGAAGUGACGGCCUGUGCGUAUCAGUCCGUGACCCUGGACCAACAGUACGGUGGCCAGCCGGUUCAAGUCAGAGUCUGCAUGGGGAAGGAACCGCGACACUUCAUGGCCAUUUUCAAGGGCAAAAUGGUGAUCUUUGAGGGAGGGACGUCCCGAAAGAGUGGCCAAGAGCCGGAACCCCCUGUGCGCCUGUUUCAGAUCUGUGGCUCUCGCCCAAGCAAUUCAAAAGCAAUAGAGGUUCCAGCUCUGUCAGGCUCUCUCAACUCCAAUGAUGUCUUCCUUUUAAAAAGCCAGAAUGGCGUCUACCUGUGGUAUGGCAAAGGCUCCAGUGGUGAUGAAAGAGCCAUGGCUAAAGAGGUGAGCUCCUUCAUUCAGCGAGGCUUGUCUGAGCAAAUCAUGGCUGAGGGACAGGAACCAAAUGAGUUCUGGGAAAUCUUAGGUGGAAAAGGACCAUAUGCAAGCGACAGAAGAUUACAGAUGGUUACUUUCGAUCAUCAACCACGCCUCUUCGAAUGCUCCAAUAAGACGGGCCAGUAUAUUGCGACUGAGGUGACCCAGUUCGCACAGGAUGAUCUGAGAGAGGAUGACGUAAUGCUUUUGGACACAUGGGAUCAGGUAUUUCUAUGGAUUGGAAAUGAAGCAAAUGAUGUGGAGCGUCGGGAAUCUGUGACAACAUGCCAGGAAUACCUGCGGACUCACCCUGGAUCCCGAGACCCCGACACUCCUGUAAUGAUCGUGAAGCAGGGCUUCGAGCCUCCUACCUUUACUGGGUGGUUCACUGCCUGGGACCCUACCAAAUGGAGUGGUGGCAAAACCUAUGAGCAACUGAAGGAGGAGUUAGGAGAGAUUACAUUGCCAACUAAAGUUGUUUCUGAAUCCUCUGUUGAAGAGAAUAAAAGCAUCACACAUUAUCCACUGGAAAUGCUGAUGAACAAACUGGCUGGGGAACUGCCUGAGAAUGUGGACCCCGCACACAGAGAGAAGCACCUGUCGGACGAGGACUUCCAGGCCGUGUUCGGGAUGCCGAGGGCCGAGUUCGAGCGCUGCCCUCAGUGGAAGCAGAAGGGCCUGAAGAAGGGCAAGGGACUGUUUUGA